AUGGAUGUGGACAAAGGCUUUAGGAGAAAUUGCAACUCGAACAUUGCUAAGAACCAGAUUUCGAAUGUAAAUGCAUUUGCCUUCUUUGAUAUCUGUAUUAAGGGAAAGGAACCGAAAGUAAACGAAGAAACCAAAGAAUCACAAAUCAGCAAUAUUGUUGAAGAAAAGAAGCACAUGGUAGAAAAUGCUAUAUACAAUACAAUGAAAAGAAAUCUCAAAAGGAGGGAAGUAACAUCUCCAGCUCAGCUCUUUGCCUUUUCAAAAAGCCCGGAACGGGCCAGCCAAGAUGUUUCCCGAGCAGCAGAAAUAAUGGAAGCCUCGGUGCAAGCGGUGAAAGGAAAAGUUGGCCAAAGUCACAAAAGACUGCUGCAUCCAACAGACGGUUUACCAAGUGCUGUGAUGAACAUCAUUGCCAAUGUGUCCGGCUGCCUGCCUUUCAUGUUACCACCAAAAUGCCCAAAUACCUGCUUAGCAAAUAAAUACAGGUUAAUCACCGGUGCCUGCAACAACAGGGCCAAUCCCAGAUGGGGAGGUUCUAACACAGCUCUAGCUCGAUGGCUCCCCGCUGUUUACGAAGAUGGAAUCAGCCAGCCCAAAGGAUGGAAUCCCAGCACCUUAUACAAUGGAUUUGCGUUGCCCAUGGUUCGGGAAGUGACGAGAACGAUUAUUCAGGCACCUAAUGAAGCGGUCACGGAGGACAACCUGUAUUCUGAUAUUAUGAUUGUGUGGGGACAAUAUAUCGAUCAUGAUAUUGCAUUCACUCCUCAAAGCACCAGUAAAGCUACAUUUCUGGGAGGAGCGGACUGUGACCUGACGUGCGAAAAUCAAAAUCCAUGUUAUCCCAUUCAGCUCCCGUCCAACGAUAGCUUGUCAACACGUAUGGACUGCCUGCCCUUUUUCCGCUCAUCUCCCGCAUGUGGCACCGGAGACCAAGGAGCCAUCUUUCAAAACCUCUCCACAUCCAACCCCAGGGAGCAGAUCAAUGGACUGACGUCAUUCCUCGAUGCCUCCACGGUUUACGGCAGCACACCCGCUCUGGAAAAGAAGCUGAGGAAUUGGACUCACGAUGAAGGUCUCCUUAGGGUAAAUCUGCAGUUCUCCGACCAGGGCCGGGCAUACCUGCCUUUCGUCUCCCGGGUCCCUUCUCCGUGUGCCCAAGCUCGGGACACCGAUCGAGCGGAAAGAAUCGAAUGCUUUAUGGCUGGGGACGGUCGGUCCAGUGAAGUAAUUUCCCUGACCGCUUUGCACACUCUCUGGUUGAGAGAACACAAUCGCCUGGCCAAAGCCCUGAAGCAAAUCAAUCCUCACUGGACCUCUGAAACCCUCUACCAGGAAGCUCGGAAAAUCGUGGGGGCCCUUCACCAGAUUAUAACCAUCCGGGACUACAUUCCCAAAAUAAUCGGACCCGUGGCUUUUGAGCAAUAUAUCGGUCUUUACGGAGGAUACGAUCCAACCGUGAACCCUACGGUGUCGAAUGUAUUUUCAACGGCUGCUUUUCGCUUCGGCCACGCUACAAUUCACCCCGUCAUAAAGAGACUCGAUGCACGGUUCCAGGAUCACCCAGACCUCCCCCAUCUGAAUUUACAUGAGGUUUUCUUCAGUCCUUGGAGAAUUAUUAAAGAAGGUGGUUUGGACCCACUGCUGAGAGGUCUUCUGGCAAAAUCAGCCAAACUGCAGACCCAGGAUCAGCUGAUGAAUGAAGAGUUAACCGAAAAGCUCUUUGUGCUGUCCAAUUCUGGGGCCCUGGAUUUAGCGUCCUUAAAUUUGCAGCGGGGACGUGACCACGGCCUCCCAGGUUACAAUGAUUGGAGAGAAUUCUGUGGCUUCCCGAGACUGAAGACUCGCACUGAUCUGAACACGGCCAUUGCCAACAGCAGUUUAGUUGAAAAAAUCAUGGAGUUGUACAAGCAUCCCGACAACAUCGAUGUCUGGCUGGGGGGUCUAGUGGAAAAUUUCCUUCCGGGUGCUAGAACUGGCCCAUUAUUUGCUUGUAUCGUCGGAAGGCAAAUGAAAGCUCUGAGAGAAGGUGACCGGUUUUGGUGGGAAAACAAUGAUGUAUUUACUGACGCUCAAAGACGCGAACUGGGAAAACAUUCUUUAUCUCGAGUUAUCUGUGACAACACGGGUCUGGACAAGGUGCCGGGCGACGCCUUUCGACUGGGGAUGUUUCCUCGAGACUUUGAGCUCUGUGAAAACACUCCCGGCAUGAAUCUAGCAGCUUGGCGGGAAGAUGUCCAUCAGCAAGUUGGCACGUGUGGCAAACCAAUGAAGGUGGAAAAUGGGGACUUUUUAUAUUGCUCAGAGUCGGGAAGACCAGUUGUAGUUUACUCCUGUCAUCACGGUUAUGAGCUUCAGGGUCACGAACAAUUAACCUGCACAAACGGACGAUGGGAUUUUAAGCCACCGGUGUGCAAAGACAUCAACGAAUGCGAAGAUGAAAUGAAUCCUUCCUGCCACAACUCGGCUAACUGCAAGAACACCAAAGGCGGCUUCUACUGUGCCUGUGCAGAUCCUUACGAACUCGGAGAGGAUGAAAGGACCUGUAUAGAUUCUGGAAGAUUCCCCAGAGCAUCCGUAAUAGCCAUCAUUUUUGGCAUUGUUCUGGCCAGCGGAGUGGUGGUAUUGACCUGGAAUGUGAUUUGCAGUGGGAUGUAUUCAGGUCCUGAAUCUGCUGAAUCAAGCUGGUUAAAAGAUGACAAGAUAACAGCCAAAGUCAAACGCACAGAACACCAUGAAAUGAAAAUUUCCCAAGCUGGCAUUUUAGCUGAUCCAGUUAAUAAGAGUUGAUUUCUCCUGGGAGUCGGAUCCUGGACAAGAGAUUUCACAAAGAACUUCACUGGAUCAUUUUUCGAGGAAAUUGAGAAGUGAAAUUUAACGGUACGGUUAAAUAAAACAUUAAGCAUAUUUUGAAUUUGA